GAGUAAUAAAAAAAUUAUUUUGCAAUGCCACUGCCAGCAUUGAGUUACACUUUUAUGCUAAUAUGAAAUUAUAUAUGAGUGCUAAUUUUAUUACAGGAACUAACUAAGAUACUCCAAAUGAUGCCAUAUUAGUCUGACCUUCAAAAUGGCUUCUCUCAGCCUGCGCAUUUAUCAAAAAUUGGAUGAAAGUACCGAGUUCUCAGUACUUUUGGAGAAUAAGCGACUCAAAACAAGUUUACUAUUCCAAGCUGGAACUGUUGCUGAGCUUGGUCAGGCUGAAACAGAUGCCAUCCGCAGCGAUCACUUCUCUCGCCUCGCUGACUCCUAUGGCUGUUUGGGUGUUCUUCAGAGGUGCCCAAAGAUUUCUUGGACUGGUGAGAAUACAGAGUAUUACUUGAUUGUGGUGACCCGCUGUGUGAAGGUCUGUGUUCUACUCAACUCCAGCAUCUACAAAAUACAAGAAGUUGAUGUAAUCUCCUUGCAGCAGCCUCGCCUACCAGGCUACAAGUCUCAGGAUGAAGAUAACUGGGUUAAGGAAAUAAAGAAGCUGAUGGGCAAUGAAAGCUUCUACUUCAGUGUGAGCGUCGCCGGUGAUUCUCGGCCGCUUGACCUGACGCUGUGCGCCCAGAGGCGGGCCAGGACAGACAUCAGUGACAAUAGGUUCUUCUGGAAUCGCAUGCUCUACCUGCACCCAAAGCGGUUUGACAUCAACUGUGAUGCCUGGCUGCUGAAGGUGAUAUGUGGGAGUGUGGAAUUCAGUUCAGUUUACAUGGGGAACCAUGCACCCAAACUCUACGUCAUCUCCCGCCUCAGCUGUGAAAGAGCUGGCACCAGGUUCAUGAUGCGAGGCGUGGACGACUACGGUCACGUGGCGAACUUCGUAGAAACAGAAGAGUUGGUGCACGUGGAGACGCUCGACAACGUGAUCUUAUCCUACGUGCAGACACGUGGCACCGUGCCGCUCUUCUGGGAGCAGCCUGGGCUCAAUGUCGGGUCCCACAAGGUGAAGAUGUCUAGAGAGCCCACCAUCAGCGGCAAGGCGUUCAGUGAGCACAUGCGCUUCCUGCGGCACAAGUACGGAGGUCUGGCCGUCAUCAACGUGCUCGGCACGGGCGUCACGGGCAAGAGUCAGGGCGAGGCUGCCUUGUCUCAUCUUUUCCAGCUACAGCAUAAAACGUGCCCGUGGAGCUGCGACUGCCCACACAUUGUGUUCGACUUCCACCAAGAAUGCCGAGGAGGAAACACGGACAACUUGUCUAGAAAACUGCAGCCUCAAAUCCAACAGCAGAUUGACUCCUUUUGCCUCUUCUGCUUGAGAGGCGGUGUUGUGGUCCAGGAGCAACGUGGCGUGAUGCGCACCAACUGCCUGGAUUGCCUGGACCGCACCAACCGCAUCCAGACCUUCCUGGGCCUGGAACGUCUAGACGCAAUGCUGGAUUUGCUGGGUGAGGCAGCCACCAGCGGCGUCAUUAAGCAUCGCCUGCGCUCCAAGUUCGAAGACAUGUGGAAAGACAACGGCAACAAGAUCAGUCAGAUAUAUGCUGGCACUGGAGCACUGCAAGGUUCAAAGAUCAUUGAUGGUGCGCGGUCAGUGGGGCGCACAAUACAGAACAACUUGAUGGACAGCAGCAAGCAGGAGGCCAUCGACCUCCUGCUGCACGGCAACCUCCUGGACAACUACCUGGCCGCGCUCGCCCGCACCGUCCUGCCGCAGCACCUGCAGUACGCACCUCUGUCGGUGCUGAAGAGCGUCACCGAUCGCAUCCCGGAGUUCAGCGAGCCCCUCCCGUUAAAGGUGUGCGUGGGCACCUACAACGUCAACGGAGGCAAACAUUUCCGCAGCUUGGCUUACAAGCAUCUAUCUCUGGACGACUGGCUCCUCGACUACAGCAACAACAACGGCGCCAACUUUUUGGUUCAAACAUCAGCUGAAGAAGAGAAAAGUAACAAAAAGCCGCCAGAUUUAUUUGCCAUUGGGUUUGAAGAAAUUGUCGACCUGAACGCCUCUAACAUCAUGAGCAACACUCAGUGGUCGGAGAAUGCCAAUUCCUGGGGGCACGAGCUGGAGAAGGUGAUCUCCCGUGACGAGAAUUUCGUGAUGGUGACGUGGGCUCAGCUGGUGGGCGUGGCGCUGUUCGUAUUCGUCAACGAGAAGCACGCGGCGCACGUCAAGUACGUCAACGUGCACACCGUCAAGACCGGCAUGCAGGGCAACACAGGCAACAAAGGGGCCGUGGGCAUCAGACUGCUGGUGCACAACACCUCGAUAGCGUUUGUGUGCUCUCACUUUGCCGCGGGUCAGAAGGAAGUCAACGAGCGGAACCAAGACUACGACAGCAUCGCACGCAAGAUGAUCUUCAAUCUGAAAGUGCCACUGUGGGCGCACGAUUACGUCUUCUGGUGCGGCGACUUCAACUACCGCAUCAACUUGCCACGAGAGGAGAUCGUGCGGCUCGUCAAACAGAGCGAGUGGGACUUGCUGCUGGAGCACGACCAGCUCCUCCUGAGCCAGAAAGAGAACAAGUGUUUCCCAGGGUUCAAAGAGGGAGCUAUAAAAUUUGCCCCGACCUACAAGUACGACCUCUUCUCUGACGACUAUGACACCAGCGAGAAAGCCCGAUCGCCGGCAUGGACAGACCGCGUGCUGUUCUGGCGCCGCCGCUACAAGUGGCAAGAAAACUGCCCCUGGUCUCACGGAAACAUAGACCACUACAGCUGUGCUGCAUUGAAGCAGAGCGACCAUCGGCCUGUGUUGGCGGCCAUCAGUUGCGAGGGCCGGAAGGUGGACGAAGCCAAGCUGGACGCCGUCUACAAGGAAGUCGUGUCGUCGCUGGGACCCUCUGACUGCACUGUGCUUGUUCAAUGCGUAUCUGGCAAGCAAAUGGGGGAGGAGCUAAGCGAGAAGGUGUUGGAGGCUGUGCAGGAAGCCAUGGACGCCCUGGGCACUCUGGUGACAGUUCGCUUCCAGAACUACAACAUCCUCUUCACUUACGACUCUCCUAAGCAGGCGCUCGAUGCCAUCUCAAGCUCGCCCAUUAAGGUUGACGGUUUGGAGUUCAGCAUUAAGCUGAAGACCGAGCGGUGGCAGGAGCUGCUGGAGGAAGAGAUGCGAUUUUGUAUGGACACGACAACGCCGCUGUGCACGGAGACCAUCCCGACGCCUCCUGACCUUCCCUCCUCCACGUCUCUUCUUGCACCCAGCAGCGUCCGAGAUGUACUGGGCCAGCUGUACAGUCAGAGCGCGCAGUCUCCCAUGCCUUCGCCGUGCCCCUCGCCUUCAUUUGACCCAGGCAGGGAAAGCAGCAGCGGCAGCGAGCCUCCGUCUGACGAUGAGCAAACUUCACCUCGGUUCGUCCCUGUCCGUCCCGCGCCUGUUAGGCCAGCGAUGCCGUCGCGUCCCCCGCCACCUCGGCCUCAAUACUCUUCUCCCACUCAUGGUCCUAAGGAGACAUCUUCCGCUUCUCCUGUGAUCUCGAGAGCUGCCUCGAAGCCUGUUGGAAAUUCUCCACCUUUGCCAUCUCCUCCAAGAAGUUCCUAUUCAGUGGAGACUGUGUCCUCUGCAGAAGGGUCUCCUCUGGACGGUAGCUCAGUGUCGUCGAAUAGUGGAAUCGCUUCUUCCGCCAGCUUAUCUCGCCGGGAUGUGCCUCUCCCCCAUUAUCCUAACACUGCCCAGCAAGACCCCUCUGUAGCCGCGACUCCACCAUCUUUUCCCUCCGCUUAUGAGCUGCCAUCCAUCCCUCCUCCCCAACAGGCUCCAACACUUCCAGUAGAAAAUCUCAACUCUCAAUCACCUUUUCCACCCACCGCUGAGGCUCCUCCGUCUCCUCAUCCUCCAGCUGAAGCCCCUCCUUUUCUCCCUCCUCCAGCUGAGGCCCCUCCGUCUCUUCCUCCUCCAGCUGAAGCUCCUCCGUCUCUUCCUCCUUCAGUUCCAGUUCGCACUGAGACCUCUCCUCCUCUCGGUGCUUGUAUCCUUCGUCCUAAUGGACCAGUGUCCGCUGGAGGUCCUCCUCCGUUACCUGUUCGUGGGGGCGCAGGUCGGUCUGGUCCGCCUAGCCUACCCGCCAGGUCAGCUGUUCCCUCCCUGCCGCCCCGUACGCUGCCUACGGUGCCCGGCCGCGCCCUGCCCACCGUACCUCCGAGGAAAUAAGACCUCGCAUGUGGUGCUACAGCCCUAAUGUCAUGAAUUGAAAUGCUCCGUGAGAUAAUGUGCGAAUUUGAAUGAUGUAUCACAUUUGAUUAUUUAAAUAUUUAUAGUUAAUCCAAUGGGUUUUUAACAAUUACUUGAAUUGAAUGCCUUGCGAUUGUUAUUAUUGUUUGUUUUUUAACCAUUAUUAUGAACGAAAUUUUUUU